UCACACUGUUAUUAUAAGCCGGUUGCAAUUUAGAAAUGCAUGAUUGUAUUGUCACGUGUGGUUCAGGUGAAGACUCCUCCGGCGCAUUGAUUGAGAUGGUCAACAAUGAGACUGAUUGCAUGCGUCAUAGUUGUAUCUUAUGAUGUGUAAUGUAUAUGUAAUGCAGGGAUAAUUUCCUUAACUCUCCGUGUGAUACUUUGAAACCCGCCACGCCGAAUCGCCGUAGCCAAAUUACAGCGGAUACCGGCGUUUUGGGAAAAACAAAUCUGAUGCAACGUAAACUCCGUAGCCUGUCCCUGUUUGACACAGACUGUGCAUUUACCACGAAUGUUAUAGGAUUGAAGAUUGGGAUUAAAUAGCGUAAUGUAGCCGGUUAUGCAGUCAGAAUCAUAACUCAAAUAUCAAAGGAGAAUACAUACUGCGGAGGCAUAAGCCGAGCUCUGCAUCUGGUCGUCUGGUGGUGUGGUCGCCGCGCAGACGUGGUGCAUGGACGCCGCGGUCGUCGCCAUGCGAGGCGUACGCGACAAGGGGGCCUACCUGGCCGUCCCGGGGGGCGGCUUCACCGAGGACGCCCCCCGACCCCCGGUCCCGGGAGAGGAAGGUGAGCUGGCGUUCGGCGAAGGAGGCCCGACGGCGGCGUCGCACGCCAACGCCAACCCCCUCCUCCUCCUCCCCUACGCCUCUAAGAGCGAGUCGUCCGUGGCCACGCCGCGGCGCCCCGACCUGGACCUGGGCUACGAGCCGGAGGGCAGCGCCUCCCCGACGCCGCCCUACGUCAAGUGGGCCGAGUCCCUCCACUCCCUGCUGGACGACCAGGAGGGCAUCCACCUGUUCGCCCGCUUCCUCAAGCAGGAGGGCUGCGCCGACCUGCUGGACUUCUGGUUCGCGUGCAGCGGCUUCCGCAAGCUGGAGGCCAGCGGCGGCACCAACCAGGAGAAGAAGCUGAAGCUGGCCAAGGCCAUAUACCGGAAGUACGUGCUGGACGGCAACGGCAUCGUGUCGCGGCGCAUCAAGCCGCCCACCAAGUGCUUCAUCCGGGACUGCGUGGCCAAGCUCCACGUGGACCCGGCCAUGUUCGAACAGGCCCAGACCGAGAUCCAGGCCACCAUGGAGGAGAACGCCUACCCGCUGUUCCUCAAGUCGGACCUUUAUCUGGAGUACGCGCGGACGACGGGCGAAGGCGGCGGCGGUGGCGGCGGCGGCGGCGGCGGCGAGAGCCCGAGAACCGCCGGCGCGGACCUGAGCUCCAUCCCGGGGAACGCGGCGGCAUCGGCGGCGGCGUCGGGGCACUACCUGCCGACGCUGGCUGAGGACGAGGAGUGGCGGGCCGAGCGGGAGUCGUCCAGGAGGAGCCGGGACGGCGGCGAGCCCGCGGCGGCGUGCAUCCAGGUCACCCAGAGGCUGCUGGCGGAGACGGCGUUGCAGCGCGUGGCCAACAGCUCGAGGUUCCAGGACAUUGGGGAGUACAGACGCGCAGCAUGGCCAGAGCCCGCCUUGCCGUACUACGUCAACAGCGGCUACGCCAUGGCCCCCGCCGCCAGCGCCAACGACAGCGAGCAGCAGAGCAUGUCCAGCGACGCAGACACCAUUUCCCUCACCGAUAGCAGUCUAGACGGGGUUCCACCCUACCGAAACCGCAAGCAGCAUCGGCGCGAGAUGCACGAGAGCGCCAAAGCAAACGGGAGAGUGCCUUUACCUCAUAUUCCACGCACACAUCGGAUACCAAAGGACAUCCACGUGGAGCCGGGCCGGUUUGCGGCGGACCUCAUCAGCAGGCUGGAGGCGGUGCAGCGGGAGCGGGAGGCCCAGGAGCGCCUGGAGGAGCGGCUCAGGAGAGUACGGCUGGAGGACGACGACCUCGAAAGCCACGCCGCACCACCGGCCAAUCACAGGCCGGGGGCGGGAGCCCACUGCCAGCAGCCACCGCCACCGCACGGCCACGCCCACUACGCCCUCCUGCUGGGCGACGCCCACGAGGAGAACCCCGAGAGCAUCCUGGACGACCACGUGCAGCGGGUCAUGCGGACCCCCGGGGGCCAGACCCCCGGCACGGGGCGGCACUCCCCCGUCCAGUCCCGCUCGCCGGACGGCCUCUCCUCCGCUGGGAGACACGCCCCCAAGGGGGACGGCGGCGUGGACCUCUACGCCUCCAAGAGCCGCAACUACGCCGACGGCAUGAGCACCGUCUCCGUGGACCCCGGGGGCCACAGCACGAAAGGCUCAGCGGCGUUGUGCAAGCGGGCGUUGAAGAAGCCAGAGGACGUCCCACUGGGACCCCCGGAGGAGCUGGAGCGGAACCACAAGAUCCUGCUGUGGAUGAUGGAGGGAGAGAAGGAGUCAGGCCGGCACAAGAGGAGCCCCUACGGAAGCGCCGCAGGGAACAACAACAACAACGGCGGCGGCACCGGCGCGGCCGUCGGCAGCGCGCGGCCGUCCCACCCCUUCAUCCAGGACCCCACCAUGCCCCCCAACCUGGCGCCCAACCCCCUGACCCAGCUGGAGGAGGUGCGCCGGCGGCUCGAGGAGGAGAGCGUCAGGGGCGGAGCCACGGCCGCCGCCCAGCCCAAGCAGAGACACAAAGCGGCGAGGAGGCAGCCGAGCGAGAACACCACGGUGGCCUACUACUUCUGUGGAGAACCCAUCCCCUACCGGACGUCCGUGAAGGGCCGGGUGGUCACCCUGGGUCAGUUCAAGGAGCUGCUCACCAAGAGAGGCAGCUACAGGUUUUAUUUCAAGAAGUUAAGCGACGAGUUUGAUUGCGGGGUGGUUUUCGAGGAAGUGCGUGAAGAUCACGCCGUUUUGCCCAUCUUCGAAGAGAAGAUUAUCGGUAAAGUUGAAAAGAUCGACUGAGUCCGAAUCAAGACGUACAGUGUACGUUUCUGAUGGAACGAGCGAGAAGUUGGAUGGGAGAGAGAAAGUGUUUUUUAGAGUGAGGGGUGCAGGAAAGUGGGAAUGAAACAGAUAAGAUAAGAACAAGCUGCUAGUGGUUCGUAGGGGCUACUAGUGGGAUUGAAUCAAGGGGUCCUUAAUGCUGAGUGCAGCAGCAAGUGGUACAAGAGGAAAGGGCUGAAUUAAAAAAUCAAGGUAUUCUCGUUAUUGCAUAGAGAGAUGUAGCAUCAUAUUGAUAUGCUAGUGGAGCAGAGAACGAAAAACUGCUACUAAGGCUACAUAUUUUUAUAUGGUCAACUGGAAGGUAUCCUUUCUAAAGUAAACGCACUUGUAAUUUUUCUUUUUAUAUGUAUUGGUACCAGAUCUGUACAGUGUCUGUUUUAAAAAAGAAGGAAUAACAAAGUUUUAUAUAUUUAAGUAUUUAAGAAGAAAGCUGUAAUUUUCAGUGAUUUGGAAGCAUGGGGUACAGUGCCUGUAGAACAAAUACAGGGUCUCCAACAUUGCUGAUUGAACAUGCCUUGCAACAGCCAGCUCUUAUCGAUUUGCUCUUAAAAUGCAUUUAACAUUCAGAGCACCCACCGAGUGAUAUUUCAUUAGGCUGCACUUUCAGUGUUUGUUAACCUGACCCCCCGGGCCAAGUAAAAAUUUGCACUGUAUUUGCAAAAAUCAAUCUUCCGAAUGAACCGGGAACACCGUAGUCUCUAUCUUUCUCUAUUCAAGCCAUUUAAAGGCUUUUCCUUUUUUUGUCGGUGACAUGUAUAAGCAAAUCCAUCAGAUCUAUUUUGGCAUGCACUUUGAUAGAUUUUUUACCUGCAACACCUACUGUAGAAUGUAAUCUAGCCGGAAAAAAAGCUGUAGUUUCUAAAACUGUGGACGGAAAAUUACAAGCGAAUGUAUACAUUUGUAUAAAUGUCCUUUGUAUUUUGGCAGUAAAAAAAAAGCCUGAUUGGAAUUUGUUUUAUGUUUCAUCACCUACAUUAGUUCAACAUUGUAAGGGUUAAGCUCAUAAGAGCACAUAAAGAAGUACCGUACAAUCAGACAUGAUAAGGCCUUUCCCCUGAAAUUAAAACAAAGGAUUUCUCAUUGCAAUAAAGUAAUACAUUUUGGUGGACAGGUCUAGAUUACUAAUGACGGAUGAGAGGUGGUGAGAGGAAAUGCGGGGGUUUGGUUAUUUUCAAUGUAGUAUUAUUUGGUUGCAUGCAAGAAAAGCCAGCCUUGAUUUGAAAAAGAAUGGGGGCACUUUGAUGCCCUGAAUAUGCCUGCGGUUUUUAGGAGUCCGUUGAGGGAGAUUCACACGUGUUAUGCAUUAUCGUUGUCAAUAUCUUUAUCAUUGUUGCUCGCUGGCAAGAAUCAAGGGAUUUCGAUGUAAUACUUGCAUUCUCAUCAUUUUUACCAUUGUGACGGAUGGUUUAUGAUGUCAUAGAGCCUAGGAGUCACUAUAGGAAGCGUUUAAAAAAUAUAUUUUAAAAAUAAUAUCACAUUUCAUAAAAGCACAUAGUGCAGCAUUGAAAUACCAUUAAUGUACACAAUCCUUUUUUAUGGGGUUGCUCCAAAUAGACGUAGUAUUUGUUUGAAUCCAUAUGUGAUCUAUGUAUUUUCUUUGUCAUACAGUAAAUAUUAUGUGUUGAAGAACCUAUGUACAUGUUGGUCUUCCUCUGACAUUAUAAGCUUGGUUAUGUUGUUUGUUCAUACGUCUAGGGGAAAUCCUAGGUUAUUGCACACUAUGGCGGACAAAAACAGAAUCCCAAAGGGCCACAAUUUCAUUCAAGUAUUUUUCACAUCUGUUCUACAGAAACCUAGCCAGGUGGCAUCGUGUUUUCAUGCCAUGGCAUUUCAGAGCAGAGGACCUUAAAUCCAAGUGCUGUAUUGUUUCAUGUUUUUUCGCAAGAUGUCUAACGUAAGGGGUAUCUCCUUCCUUAGGGGAUUGUUUGUUUUGAAUAUUUAUUACACAUUUUUAACCGGAAUAUUUUUACACAUACGGUGUUUUAUGUCUCAUAAAGCGAUCAUGAUGAUCAUCCUCGGUGCACACAACUAAAUGUAUUGUUGAAUUAAUCUUCUUGUUUGUGUUCUUUGUGUUCCAGAGGGUUUGAGAAUUUAAUGAGCAACUGUGAAAGCUUCCCUCCAUCUAAGCCCCCUCCUUUCUAAAAAAGCAAUGUUAUGUAUAUAAUUAACAUCAGUGCCUUCAUUUUGAUCUUUAUGGUGUCUAUGUGAUUUUUUCAACCAGGAAAUAGCUUUAUAUUUUUAUUUUGACAUUGGUCACACUGCAGUUUUCUAUGUAUAUAUGUAUCAUUUUCAAAUGUCAUAAGCCACCAGCCCAAUAAAACACAUUCAC